GACGGUCGCUGGUUGCAGAACCGGACAGCUGGGGCCACGUGCGUGGCCUGUGAGCCUGGACGUUUUUCUGCGCUGUUGGAGGAUGACUACGGCGCCACAGCCAUUUGCCGCCAGUGUUACCCUGGUACAAAACAAAUUCACUCCACGUCCGUGAGCUGCGACACCUGCCCGCCUGGCACCAAAGCAGCUGGGUGGGGUGCGACGCAGUGC